ACUACACGAGGGGGAAUACUCAUCAGACAGACGUAUGAUGGAGUACGAACAGCAUUAAGCUCGGUGUCCUGGUGAGUCCACAAUGAGAGACCGCCUGGAAGAGCUGCAGCAGAGGGCCCAGGAGUUUUCUGGGGCAGCAGGUGAGAACACCAGUCCUCCCCCAGCGGAGGAUGAUAAUGACGACUCGAUGGUGGUCGAGGUCACGAUGCCACAGGCUGUGCUGUUCGAGGGGGAGCCAAUCAUCGAGAAUUUCUUGUCGGAGUGUCAGCAAAUCCGAGAUGAGAUCACAACGCUGGAGACAGAGAUCCUCAAGUUCACCCAGCAGCAGAAGACCCUGGUGGCGACCAUGCGUCGUUUCAGUGUUAUGAAGAAAGAAAGCAGCAUCACGCGAGAUAUCAAGCUCCAGGCCGAGAGGAUCCACCGGCGUUUGGAGGCCCUUGUAAAGGAAGUCCAAAGAAGUGAGGAGCAGCACGGACUGACCGCUGUCACCACCAGAAUACAACGCUGCCAGCAUUCAGCACUGUACCGCAAAUUCCAGCAGGUGAUGCUGCAGUAUAACGAAGGUCUGCUGACCAAGCAGGAGCGCUGCAAGGACUUUAUCAUCCGGCAGCUGGAGGUUUCAGGGAGGGAUGUGGCGGAGGAGGAGCUGAAUGAGAUGGUGGCCACGGGGAAGUGGGAGGUCUUCAACGAGAACCUGCUGAACGACGAAAGGAUCACACGGGCGCAGCUUUCUGAGAUCGAACAGCGACACAAGGAGCUGUUGAGUCUGGAGAACAACAUGAAGGAGCUGAGGGACCUGUUCAUGGACAUUUUCAUGCUGGUGGAGGAGCAAGGGGCCUACAUGGAACACAUCCAGACCAACGUGGAGAGGACGCAGGACUACGUGGAUGUUACUAAUGAGAAGUUCAGGCUGGCUGCAAGGUAUAAGAAGAAGAACCCGCUCCGACAGCUGUGCUGCUGCUGCUGCCCUCCCUGGAGAUGCUGCCUGUAA